UACGCUGAAGCCACAAACACAUUCACAUCUGUGUCUCCAUGCGUUCUGACAGCCUGAAUGAGCCACGGCCGCCACACUGAAUGGAGAGAGAAAAAUCAAGGCAGAGACGGAGAGCAACCACCAAGCAGACUACCACACCAUUACUGCUGAGUCUUGUCCACAUCCCUCUCUUUCUUGGAUUGUGGGCUUGAAUGAAAGGGAAGAGUGUCUAAUUGGGGAGAGAAGAAAACGGGGUAAAUCUACCGGCAGAUUCAUCCCCAAGGCUUCUAAUUACCCCCCAUGUCUCCACUUUGAUGCCAAACCCGAAUCUGGAAGCCACAGCACAAACAAACAGAGGGAUGCACUCAAUGAUUUAAAAAAAAAAAAAACUUGACUAAAAGAGUAGAGGAGGGUAAAAAUAGAGACAAAAGAAUGGGAGAAGGAGAGAGAGGAUUUUUUAAGUGAAUGAAUCAUCCAACAGCAUGAGGUGGAAAUAGCUGCAUCUACAUAAGCCGCCUGCUGAGGACGUGACAGCCCACGUGGUCUGGAUGCCAGCAGCUGCCUCUCGGAGCCUCUGACAGCCCCUGACAAUCUAAGAAACACAUCCCCAUCCUCCGAUUCCACGCUCUCAGCCCCCCCAGUCCGCGAGGGACUUGAGGAUUGAGUCUCUGGAUUAUUGAAGUGUCCACACUGGCCGGAGGAGAAAGGGCACACUAUUACUUGUAGUUUGGAGCGCAGCAUGGGAUGCUCUUGGAGCCGACAGCAUGGUGGAUGACCUCCAGCAUGCGGUCGUCACAGCUGGAUCUCACGCUUGUGGCCAUCCGCCGUGUGUAACCAAGGGUAAUGACAAGGCAUAGAACCAACCGUGGAGAUGCCGAAGAGAAGAGAUAUUCUUGCCAUCGUGUUGAUAGUGUUACCGUGGACCCUCCUCAUCACUGUGUGGCACCAAAGUGCAAUUGCACCCCUGCUUGCCAUCCAAAAGGUCUGUCACCAUCUAGUAAAAGAGAUCUUUAUCAUACCAGAGCGACUAACCAUCCACCGACAACGGCUAGCAGAUGCCGGGACAGAGAUCAGACAUGAGACUGGUGCAGCCACCGACUCAAAGGAAUAUUGCUCACAAGACAAGGACAUAGUGGAGGUGGUCCGUACGGAGUAUGUGUACACAAGACCUCCACCCUGGUCUGAUGUAUUGCCCACCAUCCACGUCAUCACCCCAACAUACAGCCGUCCGGUUCAGAAGGCCGAGCUAACACGAUUGGCCAACACCUUCCUCCAUGUGCCCAACCUUCACUGGAUCCUGGUGGAGGACUCUCAGAGAAGAACCCCUCUAGUCACAAGGUUGCUAAGGGAGAUGGGGCUUAACUACACUCACCUUAAUGUGGAGACCCCACGGAACUAUAAGCUGCGAGGGGACAUGAGAGAUCCCCGGAUUCCUCGAGGAACCAUGCAGAGGAAUCUGGCUCUUAGAUGGCUACGGGAGACCUUCAACUCCAACAGCAGCCAGGCGGGAAUUGUCUACUUUGCAGAUGAUGAUAAUACUUACAGCUUGGAGCUCUUUGAGGAGAUGCGCUCGACCCGUAAGGUAUCCGUGUGGCCUGUAGCAUUUGUUGGAGGUUUACGAUACGAAUCUCCGAAGGUCAACGCACUAGGAAAAGUGUAUGGCUGGAAAACAGUGUUCGACCCUCACCGGCCCUUUGCCAUCGACAUGGCAGGUUUUGCCAUCAACCUGCGUCUAAUUCUCUUUAAGCCUCAGGCCUACUUCAAGUUGCGGGGGGUGAAGGGAGGCUACCAGGAGAGCAGCUUACUCAGAGAGCUGGUCACUCUCAAUGACCUCGAGCCAAAAGCUGCCAACUGCACAAAGAUUCUUGUGUGGCACACACGGACAGAAAAACCCAUCCUGGUGAAUGAAGGCAAGAAAGGCUUCACAGACCCAAAUGUGGAGAUCUGACAUCUGCUUCAACAACGGGUCGUUUGCAGCAAGACCCAAAAGGGGAUGGCAUGGAGAUAAAACAACCUUCAAGUUUUAGAACAGUUUGGAAUGCUUUUUCCUGUAAACCACAAUUAAACAAACUCAAAAAUAUGGACCUAUUAUUCUAAAGCACAGAUAAGUUUUUUUAAAGGCAAUAUGAUCUGUAUUUUGAGACCCAGUGGGCACUAGCCGCAUAGAGGCAAAAUGGAUAUGGUGGCAUAUUUUGAUAGUGGUACUAUCAAACUCAUCUCAUCAAUGGAACAGCGAAACCUACACCAAGCUUAGAACUGGAACUUCUCACUUCCAGGAUUUUAUAAACUCUGCAUUAAGCAGAGACAUGAAAAAUGGUUGCAACAGUCUCAUGGACAGAUUUAAUGGGCUGAGCCAGCACUGACAAGAGUUAAUGGUCAUCGGUUUAAGAGACAUUCAUGUUCCUUCGCAUCUAACAGACAGAUAAUUAAACAUAAAGAAGGGAAUGUCUUCUUCUUUUUUUUUUUUUACAUAAUGUGUAUUUUUAUUUUAAGUUGAUGUUUUUGUUGUUUACAUCACUGUUUUGUUAGCACAGCACUACUGAUAUUCAAAGUUUUGUUCAAAUUCAUUGUCACUCACAGUGGUAUUAAACCAGUUAUACCAGGGCUAGCUGCUAUACUGGAUUUAGUAAUUACAAAAUUGUAACAUUCUCCUCAUGAUUAAGACCUAUGGUAUGAAUAGCACUUGAAAUUUGUCCAUUGUUCCUGUGUGGACACACAUUGUAAAUAUAACUUAAAGAUGAACAGUCAUAGACUUCAAAAUAAAGUGUUCAAGCAUUCAACUGAACAAGCAAUGUAACUACUGUAUUUGUACUUCAGUGUAAGUUGAACCAUAGUUUGCUACAACAUCCAUAUACAACACAUAUCAUACUUUUCACAUGUUCACAGAGAUCUUACCAAAGGAGAUAGAGCAGCUUGGAUGGGCUCAGUAUAUCAGAAUGUUAUUAUCUUCACAAGUAUAUUCAGUAUUAAAUGGGCUAGCCAUAGAGAGCAGUGCAGAGCUUGCCUCAGUAAACAUGCAGCUGUAUUACAUGUCAAAACGAAGCUCUGGGCUUUGACUCUGCAGCGGGGAUCUGUCUGGAAGAGAUGUUGCUUUACUAAUGAAGUGAUGCCUGGAAAUCUGCAUCUACAACAAAAUGUCUGGCUUCAAAAAGCAAGGCUAUUUUUCCCAUAUAAAAAAAUUAAGGCGCAUGUGAAUAUUUGAAGUGUCUUGUGGCACACCACUGAAAUUGCAUGUGCAAAGAUCUUAGCCUGCACUAAUAUUAUUACAAAUGUGGCCUGAUUAGCAUUACAUUAAAUUAGAGAAAAUAUUCUCUGUAGGCUCUCUUCAGAUAACGAUUCAAUUCGUACUUUUCAAAGAAGCUUCGUUUCAGCCCUCCUUGCAGUUAACUAUAAUCAACAUACUGCAAACACUUAUCUCAUAAAAAUUGGAAAAGAAAGAAAGAUAGAUUUGGUAAA